AUGGCCAACAUUUUAACGACAUACAAGAUCCCACAGAAUGUCCCACGCAGCACAUGUGUUGAGAGCUGCCCCACUGGACACAGCAAGAUAGUUCAGGAGGGGAAGCAAGUUUGUUGUUACAAUUGUGCUCAAUGCUCGGAAGGAAAAAUUGCAGCCGAGACAGAUGCAGACCAAUGUGAGAAAUGCACAGAAGAUGAAUAUCCAAACCAGAAGAGGGAUAAGUGCAUUCCCAAAUCCAGGACCUACUUAUCCUACGAGGACCCCGUGGGAGCAGGCUUGGCUUCUAUUGCUGCUUUAUGUUUUGUGGCCACAGUGAUAGUGAUGGGGAUCUUUGCCACACACUGGAACACCCCCAUUGUCAAAGCCAACAAUCAAAGCAUAACCUGUGUCCUGCUCUCCACUCUGCUGCUUGGCUUUCCAUGCUCCUUCCUAUUCAUUGGCCAGCCUGGGACGGUGACCUGCCUUCUCCGGCAAAUGCUGUUUGGCAUCAUCUUCUGCAUUGCUGUGUCUUGCAUUUUGGCCAAAACCAUCACUGUGGUGGUUGCCUUCAUGGCCACCAAGCCAGGGAACAGGAUGAGGAAAUGGGUGGGGAAGAGACUGGCCAUGUCAGUCAUCUUUCCCUGUUGUUUCAUUCAAACCGGCAUCUGUGCGCUGUGGCUGGCAACUUCGCCCCCUUUCCUAGAGUUUGACACGCACUCCCAAACGGGUCAUAUCAUCAUUCAGUGCAAUGAAGGUUCAGACAUCAUGUUCUACAUAGUACUGGGCUACAUGGGUCUUCUGGCCACCAUCAGUUUCAUGGUGGCCUUCCUAGCCCGGACAUUGCCGGAUUCUUUCAAUGAAGCCAAGCUGAUCACCUUCAGCAUGCUGGAAGCUCACUUGGUGACUCUGGGCCAGUCACUUUCAGCCUAG